UUAGAGAGGCAUUUACUUUAACCUUUGUCGAGCUCGCCAUUUUGGUGUAUGCCAUCUAUCACAGUGAAAGUCUUUUUAACCGUUUAUGAAUAGCGUGUAUCUACGUAUAUUGUAAAUAUAUACACGAACCAUUAACGAUUGGUACAACCGUUGGUUACUUGAACCGUGGAUACGCCAUUGUGAGCUUACAAACAGUUGGGUUGCUUCCACUUUUGACGAGUGGGUUUGUACAGUCAGGUCGUGACGUCAGGUGUCACAGCUGACUAACGCCCGCCACAGUCGCACACCAAAUUUUGAUGGAUGAAUGAGGUUUUACCUUCCGUCUUGAAAUUUCACCUAUGAAGAGGCACCUCGGUUUUAAGCGUGUGUUUUAGUUAAACGAUUAUUCACAAACAACAUGAAGGGGAAACUGUUAACUGUCCUUUUCCUGCUAUGUUCCGUGUUUCAGACUCUGAAUGGCAGCGGGAAGUUUGAGGUGAAGUUGAUGAAAUACAUCAACCCAGGAGGAAAAGGUUCCAAUGGAAACUGCUGUGAAACCCACUUCUCGUUUUGGUGCAAAGGCAACUGCGAUCACAGGUUUACAAUCUGCGUUGAUAGGAACCAAGGAAGUGACCAAAUGAGUCAUUGCCCUGUUGGAAAGAAGAACACGGGCGAAGUCUCCGAUCAGGACAACAUCUAUCAUUUUCCAUCUUCAAUAGGUGGAACUCCAAAUCCCAUAGUGUUCAGAGUCACAACCAUGCCGUCGCUUGUGCGUUUAAAGUUCCAAGUGGUUGACGUCGACGACCACAAUUCUUGGGACCACGUGGACAACCUCAUUCACGUCAUCACCUCAAUGAACGUUGCCAGAUCAGUACAAAAUGCACACUUUAUCAACUAUGAAUUUUCAGCCAGAACUACUCUGAAGAUCGGCUUCCGGUCCUACUGUGAUCCCAACUACUUCACUAAGAAUUGCUCCGUGUUCUGCCCGAAACCAAAGUCGGGCCAACAUUACAUCUGUAACAAAUACACAGGGGAGCGAGUCUGCUAUCCAGGAUGGCAUGGGGCGCAUUGUGAUGACGAUAUAGAUGAAUGUUUAGAAAGUCCUUGUAACAACGAGGGUGCGUGCGUCAAUUUCAAAGGUGGAUAUGAGUGCCAGUGCAAAGAUGGAUUUGGAGGCUGGCACUGUGAUAACAUCACCAGCAGGUGCGCGCUCGAUCCGUGCAAAAAUAACGGAACCUGCGUCUCCAACAACAAGACCGAUUUCAACUGCACGUGCGCCGAGGGCUGGGUAGGUGGCACGUGUGAGGUGAAGUUUGACAAAUGCUACAAUGCUCCCUGUAAAAAUGGAGGAAAUUGCACGUUGGACCAAUCUACCUCGGGCUACCAUUGCAAGUGUGAAAAAUAUGCCGGUUCCCACUGUGAAAUGAAACUGGUUGAUUUUACAGGACCCCCGAUGACUGUUCUUCUGUACGGCACGAUCUCGAGCAACAACACCCGUCUGCUGGACCAGCUGCGAGUGGGACUGAAGAACAUCCUCAUCCACCUCGGCGGCUACGGCGGCUACAUCAGCAUCAAGCAGGACACGGAGGCCGACAAGAAAGACAAUGUACAUAUCACACGUCUGAAGUUUAUAGCUGCUGAAGAUGGCGGUAAAAAGGUUAUCCCCCUUGAUGCUAUUAAAAAGAUCUUCAACACCAAUACAGAUGACGAUAUCAACCAAUAUCUUCCACUUCCACUCUACACCGGAACAGGUUAUCAGCAAAGGCAAAAGGCAUCAGCAGAAGAAGCGUCCAACUGGGCGGACCGCCACUGGUAUGUCAUCUUCCUCAUCCUCCUGGCCAUACUGGUUGUCGUCGUCGUGGGAGCGCUCUUCCUCAUACGGAGAAGACGACGAAAGGCGAACAGUGAUUACAAGACGGCCAUUAACGGCGUUGCCCAUCCAGACGGGAAUCUGAACGUGGCCUUCGAAAACGACAUGUACCUUCGCAUGAACAGCGCCAAUUCUCGGACAGAAGUCGGACUGACGCAGGUGAACGACAACCCGCUGUUCCAAGGACCUUCUCCGCCUAGCACCAGGUCCGCUCACCCCGACCCACGCCCUCACCAGAUGCUUCUGAAUGGAAUAACUGCGUCCGACUCCACGACCGAAAACCCGUACAUGGAACCAAGCAAAAGCGUGGAGUACGAUACGCCACCCCGAUCUCAACUUCCGCCCCAGCGUUCCCACUACGAAAACAGUUGCCUAGAUACGCGGGAGACUGCCGGAAGUGACGCAAAGGAUAACUGCUACACGGACUUCAGCAAUCUGGACGGGCGUGGUGAGGAAAACCAUUACCACGAUCUGGAUGACGUUGCUAUGGAGAAGCUGACCCUGGACGAACACCAAGCGGCGUCCAGUGACGACGAAGAGGACGAAAUUACUGCGAUCAAGAAGCAGAUUAAGGCAGACAACGAGAAAGAAGAAAAAGAAGAAGAAGAAAAACGAGAAGGCUAGGCCCAGUGAUAAUGUCAAACAAAUAAUAAUAAUAAUAAUAAUAAUAAUAAUAAUUUUGAAAAAAACAAAAACAUCGUGCGUUUCAGGGAACUAGCCCCAAUUUCAGCCAGCAAACGUUUCACGAACUAUUUGAUUGGUUCUCAAAGUGGCCAUUUGGUUUACCGUGAAGCGCAUAAACCAGUCUAACGGACGUUUUUCUGAUCGGUCUGGCUCAACUCCGUACAGACCUUAUCUCGAAACAAAGGACGACCCUAAUUGUUUUCGAUUUAAAAUUUUUUAAUGCAUUGGUGAAAAGAAUAACAUUUUAUCUCGGCCUGUAGGGAUGACUGAAGUAUAAAUAGCCGACCUGUCCUACCUAAUUUCUUUUUGGCACAUUCCCUGAAGCACACUAAUUUUUUUAGACCUAAGAAGAAAGAAUGAUCAAAUUAUUACACAGAUUCCAUCAUGUGUACAUUAACCACCGGCAAUGUUUUUUCUCAUAGGGUUAAGAUAUUUCUACUCAUACAGGCGUGGAAAAGAAAUAUUGUGUAUUUAUUGAAACGAAAUUAUUUUAAAUGGUAUAAAAGUAAUAAGCUGUAUUUUAGAUACAAGACAUUGCAGAUCGAGGUGUGAUAAAUGAAUAUUUCAGCUGUUUUUAUGAAAGCGAAGCUGUGAUUGGUAUUUUAAUCCACUGCGCUAAUAGCUUAGUAUUCUUUAUAUAGUACGCACCAUUUACCUUCGCUACCAAGAUGUCGUCAAGAAAAUCUUUUUAUAUAAAAAGUUGGAAUAUUUUGUAUUAAAUGUAUUGAGCCA